UGACCCUAAAAUGGUAAAACAAAAUACUUUCUAUUUCUUCAGGCCAAGCUCUUUUUCCUUCGCCUUUCUUCUCGUUCGCUCCAAAUCCCGGCUUAUUUUCUAAAACCCUAACAAUAUUUUUAUUCCAAUUUUAUCCCUUCAGACCAUUCUCCUCUUCUUCUUCUCCGAUGUUGGCGUCUAGGGUUUUGUCACGCGUCUCUCGGAGUGUGGGCCAGCGGUCUUUGCUUCUUCUCUCUUCUUCCAAGGACCAACAAUCGCCAAUCAUCUCCAAUCUGUUAAACUCUGUUGUUUAUGAUCCUCCUAACAAGUUUGUUGCAAGUCAGGCGUCUCUUUUUCAUCACUCAGCACUCAGUUCAUCCCCAUCUCAUCGUUUUUGGUUCUCAUCUGCAUCGCCUGAAUCUAAAGAAAAGGAGCAAGGGAGUGCUGCAGAAAAUAAUGGUGUUGAGUCUGGAGAUGCUAAAGCUUCUGAUAAUGUAGAGGAUACUGGAAGAACAGAAGUUAAUGAUCAAACAAAAGAAUCAGGUCAAGAUUCUGAACCCCAAUCUACCAUGUCCCAAUCUAUCAAAAGAAGGAGCAGAGGUACUAAAAGAACUGCAUUUUCUGAUUCAGAUUCAGAGAGUGAGAGUGAUUUAUCAAGGGAGGAUUUGGUCAAACUUUUGAAGGAGAGAGAGGAACUUUUGAAGGCAAAGCACAAAGAGAUGGAGAAUAUGCAAGAUAAAGUUCUUCGUACGUUUGCAGAAAUGGAGAAUAUCAAGGAGAGAACAAGACGUGAAGCGGAGAAUUCUAAAAAAUUUGCCAUUCAGAACUUUGCAAAGAGUCUACUGGAUGUUGCAGACAAUUUGGGAAGAGCUUCUUCAGUUGUCAAAGAAAGUUUCUCAAAGAUUGAUGUUUCUAAUGAUGCUACUGGAUCAGCACAACUUCUAAAAUCACUUCUCGAAGGUGUUGAAAUGACUGAGAAACAGUUGGGAGAGGUAUUCAAAAAGUUUGGAUUAGAGAAAUAUGAUCCUACAGAUGAGCCUUUUGAUCCACAUAGGCAUAACGCCGUGUUUCAAGUGCCAGAUAAUUCUAAGCCGCCAGGCACAGUUGCUCACGUUCUGAAGUCAGGAGACACUCUAUAUGAAAGAGUUAUUUGGCCAGCAGAAGUUGGUGUUACUCAAGCAGUGGAAGGUGAUGCUGCCAAUAACAAUGAGGCUUGAAGACAAAGGCUUCACUGCCUGAACAAUUUCUUUUUACUCCCUUUCUUAGACAUAGUUUUGACCUCAGUGGUGGGCAUGAUAAUUAGAUUACUUUCAAAUUUAUUGUCAAUGAAUUCAUGAAAAUAUGGUUAAUUUUGUGAAGCAAGACUGUUUUUGCU